AUGUCUGCUGUGGUUCCUCCUCCACGCUCUGCUCUGUUGCUGCUGCCUCUGCUCUGCAUGGCACUGGUGUCCUCCAGCUUCCCUCUGAGUUCCAGACAUUCUCCUGCCGUUGCUCAAGAGGACUCCAAAAUGUCCAAGUGGGAAGUGUUGUACCCUUCCGUCUCACUCCUCGACUGGAGCCUGCAGAUGAUGUCGACUCCAGAGUUUGCAGAACGCAAAACCAAACCUGGACUCAUGGCUAACAAGGCCUGGCUGCCCACGAGCCGAUCGGAGACGGAGGGUCUCGCCAAGACCCGGCCGUCCGGCUGGUCGACGCGGGUGGGUCACGAGGGGAAGAGGAACAUUGUGGUGGCAGAUGAUGCAGCCUUCAGAGAGAAGAGCAAACUGUUGACCGCCAUGGAGAGACAGAAGUGGCUCAACUCCUACAUGCAGAAACUGCUGGUGGUCAACUCCCAGUGA